AAUUAAAUUAAAUUAAAUAAGAAAAAAACUUUUUGAUAAGCGAUAAAAAAUUUCACAAUAAUGGAAACUGAGAUGUCGAAGAAGCUCAAACUCUUCUUCAAUCUCUCCUAAUCCUCCGCCAUUCCUAAUCCUCCGCCGUCGAAGAAGUCCUCCGCCGUUCCUAAUCUCUUCAAUCUCUCCUAAUCCUCCGCCGUUCCUAACUCUCCUUCAAUCUCUCGUUUCCGUCGAUGAAGCUCGCAACUCUCUUCAAUCUCUUGUCACGCGUCUCUCCUCUCCGUUGCCGUCGAAGAACCUCAAAAUUACUCGGUUGUUUACCAUCGUUUUCACGAUUCCAAAUAACACAAAUCCACUUCCUUUAAUGGAAGGCGAAGGAAACUCACUUAAAGUAUCUUUCAUGUCUCAUAUUGCUGAAGAUAUAAAUGAUUCCCCUACAUUCUCAGAUGGUGUUCCGAAAGAAGGACUUCAAAUAGAAGAUGUACUUACAGUUCUGUUAUCGAUAAGGGAAAAAGUGAAGUUUGCAUCAGAAAAUCCCGGCACUCCACCUUUUUCGGAUGACAUCUUGUUACGCUAUGCAGGAGGCUUCAAAGUAAGAAAGACAUGGAAGGAGGAGCAUGAUUUAGUCUUACUGCGCACAGUUUUGAAGCAUGGAUAUGGAAAGUGGGCAGCUAUAGUUGAUGAUAACGAUCUGAAUAUUCAGACGCUCAUCUGUCAGGAGUUAAAGAUGCCCUUUAUAUAGACUUGAGUGUUUCUAUCUUCUUUCUAUUAACAAUAGGUAAAGGUGAAAAGGUACAUGGAGGAGCUUAUCCUAGCAAAGCCGAGAUCAGAAAGAGCAUGCGAAGAGCACGAAAUGGACCUGGUAGAAAUCAGAGCGGGGGUGGCAGGGUUGACAGUUUAAAAGGUUUCAAUCCUGACAGUUUUGAUAGAGUUCUUCUUGAUGCUCCAUGUUCUGCCCUUGGUUUAAGGCCUCGGUUAUUUGCUGGAUAGUUGUACGAUAAAUCCUAAUGAGAAUGAAGCAUUAGUUCGAUAUGCUUUGGAUAAAUACAAAUAUCUAUCAUUGGCACCACAGG